CUCUCUGAGACUCACUCCUUUUGUCCCCUUCUUCUUCUUCUUCUUCCUCUUCCUCUAUAAAAACCCUGCCCAACUCCAUUCACCUUCUCUUCAUCACUACCACCACUUCUCCUUCUUCUCCUCUAUCCUUUCCACCAUGCUCCUCUCCAUCACCUCUUCCUUUUCCUCACCGGACCUCAUCAUCCGUCGCUCCUCUGGUCUAUCUACUGGUUUUUGUUGUUUUGGGACAUUCAAUAGAGGUGGAUGUGACAUUGGUGUUGCAAGAUGGAGACUCUCUGCAAUCUCUAAGCCAAGUGUUCAUCAAGAGUAUAAGAUAGGUUUGAUCCACAAUGGCAUGCCAAUCACUGAAUGGCAGGAUAAAAAAUUGCCAGAACUUAGAGAGGAGGACCCCUCUCUUGAGGUAUCAGAAGGAGAGAGGAUUAGAGAGAUGAUUAAUGAAGUUAAAGUGAUGUUAUCUUUGAUGGGAGAUGGAGAAAUAAGCAUAUCAGCUUAUGAUACUGCAUGGGUGGCCUUGGUGCAGGACAUUAAUGGCAGCGGUGCUCCUCAGUUCCCGUCCAGUCUCCGGUGGGUUGUGGAGAAUCAAUUAUCAGAUGGAUCAUGGGGGGAUCAGUGUAUAUUCUCUGCUCAUGAUAGGUUGAUCAGCACUUUGGCCUGUGUCAUCACACUAAAGUCGUGGAGUAUCUGCUCCGACCAAUUCGAACAAGGGUUGAAAUUUAUACGCGAGAACAUGUGGAGGCUUGCUGAAGAGGAUGAGAAGCACAUGCCUAUCGGUUUUGAAGUCGCUUUCCCUUCAAUGGUGGAGAUAGCUAAAGCACUUGGCUUGGAUGCCAUUUGUGAUGAUGCGGCCUUGCAGAGUGUGUAUGCCAUGAGAAACCUUAAGCUCAAGAGGAUCCCUAGAGAAGUUAUGCAUAGGGUACCAACCACUUUACUCCAUAGCUUGGAAGGCAUGCCUGGUCUAGACUGGUCUUGGCUUCUUCACCUUCAAAGCAAGGAUGGAUCUUUUUUGUUUUCACCUUCAUCCACUGCUUAUGCACUCAUGCAGACUGGUGAUAAAAAGUGUCUAGCAUACCUUCAGAAAGCUGUGGAUAAAUUCAAUGGAGGAGUACCAAAUGUCUACCCGGUCGAUCUUUUCGAGCAUUUAUGGGCUGUGGAUCGGUUGGAACGGCUCGGAAUCUCUCGAUACUUAGAACAAGAGAUCAAAGACUGUAUGGAUUAUAUUUAUAGGCACUGGACUAAACAUGGGAUAUGUUGGGCGAGAGAUUCUUCUCUUCAAGAUGUCGAUGACACGUCUAUGGGAUUCAGGCUUCUCCGUCUACAUGGGUACGACGUAUCCCCUGAUGUAUUUUGCAACUUUGAGAAGGAUGGUGAGUUUUUUUGUUUUGCCGGGCAAUCAAACCAAGCUGUAACCGGGUUAUACAAUCUCAACCGGGCCUCGCAAAUUGCCUUUCCGGGAGAAGAGAUUUUGAGAAGAGCCAAGAGCUACUCCUACAAAUUUCUCAGGGAAAAACAACACUGUGGGCAGCUACUAGACAAAUGGAUCAUAACUAAGGACUUGCCUGGAGAGGUGGAAUAUGCCUUGGACUUCCCCUGGUACUCUAGCCUUCCAAGAGUAGAGACAAGGUUGUACCUGGAACAGUAUGGUGGUGGGGGUGACGUUUGGAUUGGCAAAACUCUCUACAGGAUGCCAUAUGUGAACAAUGAUGUUUACUUGGAUUUGGCUAAGUCUGACUUCAACCAAUGCCAAGCAGUUCACCAGCUUGAAUGGCUUGGCCUCCAUAGAUGGUACACAGAGUGUCGACUAGCUGAAAAAGGCGUGAGCCGUGAGACAUUGUUAACAACCUACUUCCUCGCCGCGGCGAGCAUUUACGAGCCUGAACGAGCACCGGAGAGGCUCGGUUGGGCCAAAACCGCCGUGCUAGCUGCCGCUGUGUCUUCUUUCUUCUCCAGUGAUUCUUGCUCCAAAAACAUGAGACAAGACUUCAUCCAAGAGUUCAUUAACUACCCAAAUAGCCAAACCAGUAGUAGAAGCAAGAUGUUAGGAGAAUGGGAUGGAGGGCUUCUAAUUGCCAUUAAUCAGCUCUUGGACCACAUUAUCUCUGACAAUCACUCACAACAACAACAACAACAACAGAAGAUGUGUAAUCAUUUGAGACAUGCUUGGGAAGAUUGGAUGAGAAGGUGGAGAAAAGAAGGUGAGGAAGAAGACGAGAGAGAACACGUGAGGGGUGGUUUGUCGGAAGGCAGAAAUGAGACUGGAAUGUUGUUAGUAAAGGACCAUUGAAAUGUGUGCAGGGAGAUAUUGUUUGGAUGAGCAUGUUGAAUGCGGUAGAUUGGCUCAGCAAAUGUCCUCAAUUUGUCACCACCUUCAACAUGCAACAGUGCUCAUUUCCGAGGAUGAAACAAGGAGCAGCAUUGAGAGAGCAGUUGAAUCAGAGAUGCAAGAGCUGGUUAGGCUUGUGCUGCAGAAAUCAUCUAAUGGCUUGGAGAAAAAGACCAAGCAAAC